AUGCGCAGAUAUUUUCAACAGUUUGGUGAAAUUCUUGAAGCUGUCAUCAUAACUGAUAAGAACACAGGAAAGUCGAAAGGAUAUGGAUUUGUGACAUUCAGUGACCCUGAAUCAGCAAAUAGGGCUUGUGCUGAUCCAAAUCCUGUCAUUGGUGGAAGAAAGGCAAAUUGUAAUAUUGCUUCAAUGGGACAGCCUCGACCACCACCACCUAGAGGCAGAAAUCAAUCGGGAAAUCCGUAUCAUGGAGGUGGAGUAGCACAAGGUGGAUCAUCAUCCUAUACGCCAUUGCCGACGCCACCGCCUCCUCCGGUCAUCUAUCCACCUUAUGGGUAUGCAGCAUAUCCACCUGAUUUUGGCUAUCCUCAGAGUGGGUAUAACCCUAAUGUUCAACAAGCACAAUGCUAUCAUCAGUUAUAUGGGGGUUCAUCAUCGCGAAAUCCAUACUACGGAUUUUCCAUGCAAAGGGGAACAUUUUCUAUGCCCCAGGGUAUACAAGGACAGUCUUAUUUGUACCAUCGUACGCAGACGGAGGGCUCCACUCCAACGUAUCCUCCUCCUCCUCGUCUUCCUUUACUACCGUCAACAAGACAAUCUUUGUCAUCUACUACUGAUUCACAGGCUCCUCCUCGAACCUCAACAGAAACAGAAGCUGGGAAUGCUACUUCAGGAAGUACGACUUCUUAA